AUGAAGACCUACGCCUAACUGCAUCACCUGAGCCGUCCUAUGAAGAUCCACGUUUGACCAGAUUUACUUGCACCAUGUUGAAGAUCCUUUGCAAGCCUUUCCUCCGUAGUCUGCAUAAUUGUUUAAUAAACCGCUCUCUCCGAAACUUGAAACCUGGAUUUCCUGUAAUCUGCAAUAAAUUGCAUAGUCUGGGAUUCGAAGCCCAGACCUGGGUGUAGAAGCCUUUAAACCUUAACCAAUAGGCUACGCUGCUUCCACAAAUAGGCCCUACUUUUAAAGCAGAAAUUUAAUUUAUUAAUUAGGUAGCGGGCUUAUCUUCUCCACCUUGCGAAAGAAGUAAAUUUGUAGUUAACAAUUAUUUGCCAUGAUAGUUUAUAUAACCACCAUAAUUAUCUUCCUUUUUGCCCUUUUAAGCCAACUUCUAUCUUCCUUUUUCGUGUGAUUGUCGUAUUGGUUACAAACUGAUGAUUCAUUUUUUUUAAAGAUUGAAAAAAAAAUUCAACUCUUCAAAUAAUUUAUAACUUAAACUUUUCUGUUAUUUAAGGAAUAAAAACAGAUAUAUACGAUAAACGAUUUUGCCAUUUUGGUGGGAUUAGUAAACCGGAAAAUGAAGAAAAUAAGUCAACAUUCCACAAAACAGUCAAACAACUAAAACUCUUUUGGUAUAUGCCAUGUCACAAAAAUAUGCACAAAAAUCUCCACGAUACCUUGUGCCUCUGCAAAGAAUCUUCAAAGUUUAUUGCUUUUUCUCAUGCUUAAUUGAUUCUUUUUCCUUCGGCUCCUCUGUUUUUCUCCAUUGCCCUGUCUCUUCACUGCUUUCUUGCGCGAUCUUUAAGUAUAACCCUAAAUCUUUGUUUUUAUUAUCGGUGACCUCCAUUGGUUCAAUGGGUGUAUUACUUUGCUGUCUUCGAGUUCCGGAGCAAGAUGGUGAAUCUCGUAACGUCCUCAGAACCAGUGCCUUUAGCUACCCAAUAAGCAAUAACUUCCCCCUCAAGCACGAGCAAUUAUCUCAAAACCUGGAAAAAGGGAUCGAAGAAGAUGACGUUUGUUCCACAUGUUUCCAUGAGUACAAUGAGGAUAAUCCGAAGAUAGUUCUGCAAUGUGGACAUAUCUUUCACCUUGCCUGCAUCUAUGAAUGGAUGGAGAGAAGUACAGCUUGUCCCUUCUGUUCCAAGACAAUGCUUUUCUUGGAGAGUGAAAUUACAGAGCAGCUGGAAUAACAAUAAGAGACGUCCUUGAUUCUUUGCGGCUGAAAUUUUUCUUUGUAAGCAAUUCGUUCUUAAUUUAUGUUGUAACUAUUCUUUUAUAUACUUUGGAACUUCCACCAGAUUCUUUGUUGGCUUGUUACCUGGUGUUUUAGGAUAUGGGAUAAAAUCCAUUUGGGAUAAGGACUAGGAGUUGGGUUAAAAAAAUUACAUUUCUCUGUAAAUACUAGGACCAUUUGGUGUCUAUAUAUUCCUGUGUAUACUCGUUGUUUUAUUUAACAAAAAAACGUUCAGUUUUCUUUUAUUUUCCAUAGUACAUUUUGUGUGUGUAAUGAAGUCUUUGAUAAGUUUCCAACCAGAGGGAUGAUGGAAGAAAGGAUAAAACAGCUUACAGUCUUACACUACUCGUUUUCUUUCAUCGAAUGGUUUCUUAGUGCUAUAGCACUUAGCUUGUCUUCUAUUGAUGGAAAUAAUUAUAAUGAAUACGCACGGAUUUUAUCCACAGGAGUCACGGGACAUGGACAAAAACUGAAAGGAAACGUAGUGACUAUUGAGAAUCUGGAAUCAAAUAUAUCUUGUGUCUGUGUGCAUCCAAGAUAUAUGCCCAUAUGAAGUGAGGUUGCUAUUUGUGUGUGUCCCCGCAGUCAUGAGCGAGUACCAUUUAUGAGCAUGACCCAUUUAUCUUCACUAACUCAUCAUUGGCCCAUGGAUCUUAUUGUCAAUAUGGAAAACCUGUAUAUAAGCUAAUUCCCGUAUGCAUAUAUGACGCGAGGUUGGUUUUCUUUUUCUUUAUCAGCUUGUAACUGGACAUGAUGAUUAUUAUGUUAGUAAUGUGGUUACUCAGAUCAUUGGCAUAACAGUGAUCAUUAAUAAUGUGGCUACACCCAUUUGCUCCGCCUA